CAAUCUCCGAGACUUAUGAUUUCAUCGCUAAUUUGAAGUUUUAUGAUUCGCCAUAGAACCCAAGGUCCAUUUUAAUACCGAGAUCGCCGACAAAGACCGCUUCACUUUUUUUUUUGGGAGGGGGGGCUACGUUUUACCUCAUCAUCUCCGAUUCGUAACCCCCAACCUACAAAUUUCUACGUCUUUGCUUCCACCUCAUCCGCAAUAUAGUCCUUUCACAAUCGACAUCGCGUGUUUAACCAAGAACACAUCAAACGCAAUUCCAUUUCCAUUGGCAUUAAUCAAUCUUGACCACAUUACAGCUCGCAUAUCUCAUAUCUCAAAAUGCUGUCGCGGACGCUAGCAACCGCUGCUCGACGAGUAGUCGCAUCGGCUACUCCUCGCGUCGCUACCCGCCAGACUCUCAACCCGGCCGCCAGCAUCGCGCGCCGAUCGUACCACGAGAAAGUGUUGGACCACUACAGCCGACCGCGCAACGUAGGUUCUAUGCUCAAGUCUGACGUUGACGUUGGCACCGGCCUAGUCGGCGCCCCAGCGUGUGGCGACGUCAUGAAACUUCAGAUCCGGGUCGAUCCGAAGAGCAACACCAUAUCCGACGUAAAGUUCAAGACCUUUGGCUGCGGCAGCGCUAUCGCAAGUUCGAGCUACCUGACAGAGCUGGUGAGAGGUAUGACGCUCGAGGAGGCAGGCCGUAUCAAGAAUACCGAGAUUGCUCAGGAGCUUUGCCUACCGCCUGUCAAGCUUCAUUGUUCCAUGCUAGCCGAGGAUGCCAUCAAAUCUGCUAUCUCCAACUACUACAGCAAGAACCCCCAUGCCAAGCCAACAAACCUUGCCGGUACUGGAGCAAAGAUGCCCAGUAUUAGCGAGGCCGCGACGGCGACUGCUUAAGGGUUGACGUACCAAACUGAAUUUGAAGGAUACAUUCGUUACUUGCAUGGGAUACGGAGUUCAGAUGGGGAAUCAAAAGUCGCGGCUUUGAUAUGCGGUGCAGACGGGGAUAUCGAUAUGCGACUGCUUACGAUAAUAUGAUAUCGCUGUGCGUUGUUCUGUUGUGAGGGAUUUUUGAUGUUACGGCUAUUUUCAACUCCGACCGGGGUUGAAUGCGAUGGACUUUGAUUUUCUCAGUAAUCCAGUUAUCAAACUUGGGUUUUUCGAGCACUCAUUAAGAGAUGUACCAUAGUCCUCACUCGGAAUAAAAUCGUAAAAUCGUAAAACCGUAUGGUUGUUUUUGUUUAAUUAUUGUUCAGUGAGGUGCG